AUGCGGCAGCGUCUGCGGGCACUCUGGGGGCCCCCACGCGCGCUGCUUUUCGGUCCCACACAGGGGGGCCCUCUGUGUGACCACCCCCCACCCACCAUACCCUUUUCAGGGUCGCCCGUCAGGGGCCCCCCGCAUCUGUGCUUUUUGCACCCUUCCAAGCGCGCAUUCGCUUGCUUUGAACCCUCUUCAGGAUGCAGAGCCGCCGGAUCUCACAGAUGCAACGAGCGAGGGGCUGAACAGGAGCCUCCCGACUCCCUGCCUCAAAAGCCAUGGCCGAAGGAACCCCCCUUCCCACAAGGGCCCCCUAAUGCUCGUCAGCUGAUGGCGGGGAUUCUCGCGCGGGGUGGCGCAUUUACUCCUCGCAGUCGUCCAAGCGGCCUAGGCAGACCUCCCAGCGGCAGCAGGGAGCUCCAGGCUCAGCGAGUUGCGUCUGUGCUGCAGUUCGCGCAGCAGCACAUCGAGGCUUUUGAUGCAGUCCACUGCGGCACUGCCUUGCUGCUUCUUGGCCGUCUUGCGAGACAGCUUGGGCAAGAUUCGCUGGGAGGAGCUGCGGCUGUCUCGGCUGUUGUUGCUAGGGGUCUAGCAGCCUGGCGGCAGCAGCAGAGCCGGUCGCUUCUGCUCCCUUCUUCGCUUUGCUCCCCCCUUCUGAGGUGCCUAUACACGCAUGCGGCCUUCCUCAGCCUACGCAGCAAGCUUCUAGACGCUUUUGGAAGCCUUGCUGCCCCCCCGAACGCCGCGCCAACAGGCGCAAGCGACAGUGCACCCCAACUAAUCUCCAACACUCUAUGGGCUCUAGGGGCCCUCAGGACGUGCGACGUGCCUCUAAUUCUUGCUGCACUUGCUGCUCUACAACGGAUUCUGCAGCUCCCUGGUGGCUCCGUGAGGCGGCAGCGAGAACACUUGCAACACGCGCAUUCGCUGCUCCCUGUAGAUAUCUGCAAUAUCUUCUGGGGGCUUGCCACUGCGGCAGACUGCUCAAACGCUUUCCUCGUGACGUGUCGUUCUCCAACGGAGCAGCGACCGCAACAGCAGUGCCGCCACAAGACGCAAACGUUUCUUGCAGCUGAAAGACAGCGGCUGCAGGGGGCCCUAGUGGAGGCCUUUGCUGCUGUGGGGCCCCUGGCGCUGCAGCAGCUUGAGGCGUUCGAGCCGCGCGGUCUUGCAACCCUCAGCUGGGCUGUUGCUAGGGCUGGGGUGUACGUACAUCCCCGAGCAGCGCUGGAGGAAACGCGGACGUUUGCCUCCCUCCUCCGCAUUCAGAGGGCCAAUCUUCAUGCGGUGCUGCAACAACAGCAGACACUGGAACUGCAGCGCGAAGACGGCGAGCCAUCUGCAUUUUACCCGGGGGCCCCUCCUAGAGGCGUCAAGGAGGGGCCUCCUGGUGACAGCACUUUUGCUGCUGCUACGUCUGGUCUCGCUAGCGAGGGGCAGCGGGACGGUUUGUUUCGAACGGCCACUUCUUCUGAGCCUGCCGCCGUUUUCAUGCAGUUCUACGACUCCGCAGUAGGGCCCCUCUUGCAGCGAGGGGCCCUCCGUAAGCUGUCCAUACAGCAGAUAGCCAAUCUUCUUUGGGGUUUUGCUGCCGUAGGCCACUUCUCUCCGCCCUUGUGCUUUGCGGCGGCAGAGGAGCUCCUGAAGAGAGUCACGGAGGCUCGGGGAGGGGGCCUCUUGGGGGCCCCUACGGGGGCCCCCAAGAGUGGAAGGCUGCGAGACGAGGCGCUGCUUUCGGGAGUCUCGUCUGAGGGUGUGUCUGCUGACGGCUCAGCGCCACACUGCGGAAGCCGCGCUUUGGAGAGAGCUCUACAGACAUCCGAAGUCUCUCCAGUGAGCUGCAGAGAUGUUGCUGCAGUCAUGCUGGCAGCCUCUCAGCACCGUGUUUUCUCAAGGGCCCUCUUCGUCUCCCUCCCCGAGCUGCUCCUUACUGGAGGGGGACGUUCCAACACCAGCAGCGAGCCUUACCGCAGAGACAGAUUCCUGCAGGAAGCGUCUCUAAGAGACUUGGCAAGCCUCUGCAUCAGCAUGCAGCGAGCAGUCGAGUUUGCCGCUCCGGGGGCCCUCGCUGCUCUACGGCUGGCAACGCUGGACUGCCCCCACGAAAGGCGUUGCCUAAGAGAACUGACAAAACGAGCUCAAAAGGAGAUCCUCGCUUACGUCAAAGUAGAAUCGCACGACCUCGUGACGCAGCCGCACCAGCAACAGCAGCAGCAACAACAGCUACAGCAAGAUCAACAACAACAGCAACAACAACAACAGCUACAGCAAGAUCAGCAACAGCGCGAUCAAGAACAACAACAACCACAACAACAGCAACAGCAGCAGGAUCAGCAGAAACAAGCGAUCUUCUUCGCAGCUGCAGGUGCUGUGUGGCGUGCUGUUUCCCGCGAAGUGAGUAGCCGGUUAGAGUCUGGAGUGACAAGCAGGGGGCUGCCACGUGGUGGAGGGCAUAGGGGCCUUAAAGGUACAGCGCGUGUAGUAUUACGAGGUGAUGAGCAGGCACCAGCCUUAAGAGACAUUUGCUCUCUUACCUGCAGCCUGGGGGCAACAAUUCAGCUGACUCCACGCCUCUUCGAGAUCCUCACAGACGAGGCUCUACGCCUUGCUGAAUCCUACAACAGCAAGCUAGGGAAGCACAUGCACCGUCCUUCGCCGCUCACUGAAGCAGGAAGUGCCCUCUCCCCUAGAUGGGGCCCCUCGGGGGUCCUCAAAAAGGAAAUGCCGAGGAUUCUCCUCGAGACUGCUGACUAUCUUGUCGUAUAUAAGCCUCCCUAUUGGCUCGUAAAUCCAUCACAAACCAACUCAGGGGCCCCCAAAGAUACAGACGGAGGCGCUUCGCCGCUGGAAACACCCGCAUGGGCUUCCUUUGAGGGGCCUUCUCAGGGUGCCCUUUCCACGCAACAACAGACCACGACACCAGGCACAGACUCUUCGGAGGUUCUACCUGCCGCAGAAACUCAAACGGUUCCCCUCAGCAGCUUCGCACUGCUCCACAGCGGCAGACCCGAGCCGCUUCAUCUAUAUUUGCGGAUGCGGCUGUUGGAAGGGGCUUCUCCACUUCUUCCAAGGGCCCCCUCUUCUUCCCGCCAGAUGGAUCCGUCUGUCGAGAAGAUCGCAGAGGCUCGCUGCCAAAAAGGCCACGGCAAUGUUUCCAAGCGGAAGGCUACGAGGCCUCCCCGGGUAUCCCCUUCCGACGAAGCCUUCGCUCGAAUCCUCUCUGAUUCUUCUGUAGCAUCCGGCUGUACUCACCGAAUCGACUGCGAGACAAGUGGACCUAUCCUGAUAGCGAAGAACGAGCGCGCAUUCCACAAGGCCAGAAUGACGUUUGAGGCGCACAAACUCAGUAAAGUCUACCUGGGCCUUGUUCAUGGCAUCGUCCCCCUGCAGCAGCAGCCACAGCACUUGACGCAGCAGCAGCAAGAGCAGCAGCAGGACAGGCUUGUGCAGCAGCUGCAGCAGCAGCUGCAGCAGCGAAUCGACCUCAGCGCCACCCUUCGGCUGCUGCGCGCCCCAGAGGGCUUUUGGGGGGUCUCUGCUCCGAUAAAGACACUCAAGGGAGGCCCUCCCCACAACGCCAUCUUCAGCUACUGCGAUGUACAAGGAAAGCCUUCUACAACAUUAGUCCGUCCUUUGCUGUACUUGCAACGCGAAGGCCGUCUUUUUUCGCUGGUGCUGGCAAAACUGCUAUCAGGCAGGACGCACCAGAUCCGUGUUCACCUCAGCGCUCUUGGCCAUCCCCUCGUCAUGGAUUACAAAUAUCAAGCAGGUAGGCGGCAGCAGCAGUACCAGCAGCGAAGGUGGAAGCAACAGAAGGCUUUGCGCCUUCGGAUGAUCCUUGAUGCGCUGAAGUGCCGGUGUUUUGUUGGCUCUGCUGCAGAUUCCGCUGCGUACCUCUCGGAUCGCCUCUGGUGCCCCCGACUGUUUCUACACUGUUUCUAUCUUGGAGUGUCUGCCCCGUGUCGACAUGCUGACGGGGAGGCCCACGGGGGCCCCCCCUUGGAGGGCCUUGAAGUGCACAGCCCGCUCCCCUCUGAUUUGGUGGCGGCCUUAGGACACCUGCAAGCUGUAGGUAGUAGACCGUGUAUCUGA